UUUGUAUACAUAAUCGGCAAUACAACUCUGGUCUUCAACUGCACCUCACUUAAGCUCAAUUCCGGUAACCAACUUUCUUUUUGUCUUCGCCGUCUGAGAAGAACAGUCGGUAUAUAGAACCUGAGAAAUGUCUCACCGUAAAUUCUCGGCUCCUCGCCAUGGUUCCAUGGCCUUCUACCCCAAGAAGCGCUCUGCCCGUCAUCGUGGUAAGGUGAAGGCUUUCCCCAAGGAUGACCCCAGCAAGCCCGUCCAUUUGACUUGCUUCCUUGGCUACAAGGCUGGUAUGACUCACAUUGUUCGUGAAGCUGACCGUCCUGGCUCAAAGAUUAACAAGAAGGAGGUCGUUGAAGCCGUUACUGUUUUGGAAACUCCACCAAUGAUUGUUGUUGGUGCCGUUGGCUACAUCGAAACUCCCUUCGGUUUGCGUGCCUUGGUUAAUGUCUGGGCUCAGCAUUUGUCCGAAGAAUGCCGUCGUCGCUUCUACAAGAACUGGUACAAAUCCAAGAAGAAGGCUUUCACCAAGGCCGGCAAGAAGUGGAGCGAUGAUUUGGGCAAGAAGAGCAUUGAAAACGAUUUCCGCAAGAUGCUCCGUUACUGCAAAGUCAUCCGUGUUAUUGCUCACACUCAGAUCCGCUUGAUCAAGCAACGCCAAAAGAAGGCCCAUGUUAUGGAAAUCCAAUUGAACGGUGGUUCCAUUGAAGAUAAGGUUAAAUGGGUUAAGGAACACUUGGAAAAGCCCAUCCCAGUCAGCAAUGUCUUCGGUCAAGAUGAAAUGAUCGAUUGCAUUGGUGUCACCAAGGGUAAGGGUUUCAAGGGUGUCACUUCCCGUUGGCACACCAAGAAAUUGCCCCGCAAGACCCACAAGGGUUUGCGCAAGGUUGCCUGUAUUGGUGCCUGGCAUCCUUCCCGUGUGUCGACCACCGUCGCUCGCGCUGGUCAAAAGGGUUACCAUCACCGUACCGAAAUCAACAAGAAGAUCUACCGCAUUGGUGCCGGUAUCCACACCAAGGAUGGCAAGGUUAUCAAGAACAAUGCUUCCACUGAAUACGAUUUGACCGACAAAUCCAUCACCCCCAUGGGUGGUUUCCCUCACUAUGGUGAAGUUACCAACGACUUCGUCAUGAUCAAGGGUUGCUGCAUCGGUUCCAAGAAACGUGUCCUUACCUUGCGUAAGACUUUGUUGAAGCAUACCAAGCGCUCUGCUUUGGAACAAAUCAAGCUCAAGUUCAUCGAUACCUCCUCCAAAAUGGGUCAUGGUCGUUUCCAAACCCCUGCCGACAAAUUGGCCUUCAUGGGUCCCCUCAAGAAGGAUCGUAUCAAGGAAGAGCAAGCUGCUACCGCUACUGCUACCACCACUUCUGCUUAAAUUUAAUAUUAUACAUAUAUUA